CGGCUGGCCCGCUCAGCGGGGAGAUCGCGCAGAUGGCGGUGCUGGCGACAGUGGCCAAGAAAGUGUGGAGCGCGCGGCGGCUGCUGGUGCUGCUGUUCACGCCGCUAGUGCUGCUGCCGGUGGUCUUCGCCCUCCCGCCCAAGGAAGGUCGCUGCCUGUUUAUUAUCCUGCUCAUGGCGGUGUACUGGUGCACGGAGGCCCUGCCUCUCUCCGUGACAGCCCUGCUGCCCAUCAUCCUCUUCCCCUUCUUGGGCAUCCUGCCCUCCAACAAGGUCUGCUCCCAGUACUUCCUGGACACCAACUUCCUCUUCCUCAGUGGUCUGAUCAUGGCCAGCGCCAUCGAGGAGUGGAACCUGCACCGGAGAAUUGCCCUCAAGAUCCUGAUGCUAGUUGGAGUCCAGCCGGCCAGGCUCAUCCUGGGGAUGAUGGUGACCACCUCCUUUCUGUCCAUGUGGCUGAGCAACACAGCCUCCACCGCCAUGAUGCUACCCAUUGCCAGCGCCAUCCUGAAGAGUCUUUUUGGCCAGAAGGAAGUUCGUAAGGACCUCAGCUGGGAGAGUGAAGCAAACACAGCUGCUGUGCGGAAAAACGGCCUGCACACUGUGCCCAUGGAGAUGCAAUUUAUUGCCGGCACAGAAGACAAAGACUGCCCUGAGGAGGCAGAGACUCCAAUGGAUCUCCAGGCUAACUCCAAGAAGGAGGAGGAAUAUCGCAGAAACAUCUGGAAGGGCUUCCUCAUCUCCAUCCCCUACUCUGCCAGCAUCGGGGGCACUGCCACCCUCACGGGCACAGCCCCCAACCUCAUCCUGCUUGGGCAGCUCAAGAGUUUCUUCCCACAGUGUGACGUAGUAAAUUUCGGCUCCUGGUUCAUCUUCGCCUUCCCUCUCAUGCUGCUGUUCCUGCUGGUGGGCUGGCUCUGGAUCUCCUUCCUGUACGGAGGGAUAACCUUGAGGAGCUGGAGGAAGAAGAAAUCUGAGAUCAGAACUGAUGCAGAAAACAGGGCUCGAGCUGUGAUUCGGGAGGAAUUCCAGAACCUGGGGCCCACCAAGUUUGCUGAACAGGCUGUGUUCAUCCUUUUCUGCAUGUUCGCCAUCCUCCUCUUCUCCCGGGACCCGAAGUUCAUCCCUGGCUGGGCCAGCCUCUUCACCCCCGGGUUUAUUUCUGAUGCUGUCACCGGCGUGUCCAUUGUCACCAUCUUGUUCUUCUUCCCAUCCCAAAAACCAUCUCUCAAGUGGUGGUUUGACUUUAAAGCUCCCAACACAGAGACAGCGCCCUUGCUGACGUGGAAGAAGGCUCAGGACACGGUGCCCUGGAACAUUAUCCUUCUCCUGGGAGGAGGCUUUGCCAUGGCCAAAGGCUGUGAGGAGUCGGGGCUGUCUGCGUGGAUCGGCGGGCAGCUGCACCCCCUGGAGAAGGUGCCGCCGGUGCUGGCCGUGAUGCUCAUCACCGUGGUCAUCGCCUUCUUCACCGAGUUUGCCAGCAACACGGCCACUAUCAUCAUCUUUCUGCCCGUCCUGGCGGAGCUGGCCAUCCGCCUGAGGGUGCACCCCCUGUACUUGAUGAUCCCCGGCACAGUCGGCUGCUCCUACGCCUUCAUGCUCCCCGUCUCGACGCCCCCCAACUCAAUCGCCUUCGCCUCUGGGCACUUGCUGGUCAAAGACAUGGUGCGGACAGGAUUCCUGAUGAACCUGAUGGGUGUCCUGCUGCUCAGCCUGGCCAUGAACACCUGGGCACAGACCAUCUUCCAGCUGGACACCUUCCCCGAGUGGGCCAACAUCCACUUAGCCAAUGUCACCGCCCUGCCAUCCACCUUGGCCAAUGACACAUUUCGGACCCUCUGAGUCCCCCUUGGGGACUCUCUUUGGGCUGGGCCCUCCCAGUUUUCGCCAUCACCUGCUGCUAGGACCCUACAGGAUGAUCAAGCAAUUCUUCUCUGAGAUCCAGUAUGCAGCAAGGAGGGGUGACCUCCAGCGGUCCACUUGGGUCUUCAGGUUCAUUAUCUAGGAUAUCUUUUCCUUCUCUAUCAUGCAGUUCAGGGCCCAGAUACCUCCUAGAUCUGCCACUUGAAAAACAAACCCCUUUAACUCUGAGCCGUUCUGUGGUUAGGAAGCCAGAAAGCCCAGCCGCAGUGACAAUAAGUGAAUCUAGACUGGCGCUUGUCUUCAGCAGCUGGGAUGAGGGGCACGGCUACUAUCCCUCGCUGACUAGGUUACACUCUGGAGAGACCAUCUUGCCUGGAGGGGCCACCUUGAUUCAAGAGGCUUUGGGGGCUGCCAUGUUCCCGCCCAGUUGUCCCAGCUGUUCGGAGCCGGUGUGUGUGCUGCUGGGUGGAGGCCCAUUCUGUGCCGGUUGUUUGAGUAUCACCCCUACCGGUACCCAGCAGCCAGGGUUGCUUUCAAUUUCUGGAGAUAAGGGGAGGGACGGAUGACUUUCCGAGGACACGAAGACCGUGCAGAGCCUCUUUGCUGCUUCUCUGGGCUCCCGAGCACACAAGGAACGUUCUAGACCUUUCUACCCAAGCUUUUUAGGAUUUUCCUGUUUAAUCUGAUUCAGUGUGGCCACAGUUCUGGAGUCAGGCCAAGCCUGGGCCCUGCCCUCUCGUGGGUGGCCGGCCCACAGCCCCACCCAGCCAGGCCCCUCCUGCGUGGGUCCCGCAGGGGCUUUGUGGCUGCCGGCGUCUUGUUCUAGGAGCCGGGCUUUGCCUGCCCACCCCUACCCCGAGCAGUAAGCGUGUUUGAUUAGUCAAGGCCACGUUUUUCAGGGGUGAGAGAAAAGCCAAGGUAAAUCAGGGCCUUGUAAAAGGCCAGGGUCAAAUGCCUCAGGCAGGGAGAUACAAUUCUCUUCUACAGACAAGGACAGCUUCAGACUGCCCCUGAGCCGGUGGCUGGCGGGGCCUGUCCUAGAGGAUUUGAUCCCUCCUUGUUUCAGGCAGGAAUUCACUUGGCACCCCCAGUGAAUAGCACAGCUUGGACCCAACAGGUGCUUGGGAAGUGUCUGGAAUCAGUGGCCAGGCAUUAGCCCAGCAUCAGAAAAGGCGCUGGCUGAGGGGCCCAGAAAACUCACAUCGUCUGCUUCCUACGCCUCUGAGGGAUGAGAUUCCCCGAGCAGCUGGGGCUGGAGAGGAAGCACCCAGGGGCUGGACGUGUUUUUAGAAUGGCACAGUGAGUCGUGGAUGUUUCCCUUGGGGCAGGGAGAGGGAGGAGGGGGCCCUGCGGUUGGAGAAUGAGCUCCCCAUCCUUCCUGUAGGGGCACUACAAGAUUUAGUCACAGUUACAGCCUGCUGGGGUUAGGGGUGCACUCCUGUAGGACAGGAGAGGGGAGAAGUUCAUUCACAGAGAAACCCAAAGGGCUUGUAACCAGGUGAAUCAUGAUUUCAAAUACUUUUGAUUGAAAAUGCUAUAAAAUGAUGUUAAUCGAACACUGGGCCUGGAGAUUAUUUGCCUUUGUGGACACAGAAGAGCUUCAAAGCCUCAAAUUCUGGAACCAGGGGUUUCACAGAAUUUACUUCCCUGACCUCACUUCCUGACUGCUCUCCCCUCUCUACUCCACUCCUGCAACAUACUCAAACUCAUCUGCCUCAGGGCCUUUGCACAUGCCUGUUCCCUUGGCCUAAAACACUUUGCUGCCAAAUAUAUGCUUGUUUCCUCAUUUGAUCCAGGUAUCUGCUCAGAUGUCACCUCCCCUGAGAAGCUUCCCAGACCAUCGAGUCUAAAAUGUCACCCUCAUUACUCUUUAUCCCCUUUUCUUGUUAUAUUUUUCUUCUUAGUAUUUAGUCAGGACACUGUAUUGUUUUCUUGUUUCUUAACUUUCUCUUUCUCUAGAAUAUGAACUUAUGAGAAUACAAACUUUAUUUUGUUCAGUGCUGUGACUUCAGUACCUAGAACAGUUUCUGACACACAGCAGGUGCUCAGUAAACAUUUGAUAAAUGAAUCUACAUCAGAA